UUCAAGCCCUAGUUCACAGUCCAGUUCGAGCAAAUACUUGCAGAAGGAAGCCGUCUUUCAUUUUCUUUCACCCUUUCAGACGACGGAGAACGAGCGCCGAGCUCUGCGCAGGAAGACGCAUCAACCUAUUCUCUGGUAGGGCAGUCGAGUUUUGCUCCGAUCUUCCUCUGCCCACCGCCUCUGCUUCAGUCUUCUAUUCUCGUCGCAGUUGGCUGCCGUCCCCUGAAGUCAGCUCUCUCUAUCAUCCUUCCUCUGUGGUGUCUAUUCGGCAAAAUAGCAUUACAAGAAGAAAGGGGUUACUUCAGAUUCUCUAGAUGGGUCGAAAGAAGCCAGCAGCCCGCGACGAGGAUAAUCCUCCCGCAGUAUCUCAGGGAGGUGGAGGGAAAUCAAAGAAGAAAACUCUAGUGAUAGAUGAUGAUGAGUACUCCAUUGGCACGGAGUUGUCUGAGGAAUCUCAGGUCCAGGAGGAACAGCCAGUCAUUACAGGCAAGAAGAAAGGUAAGAAGGCAGACAAGAAAAGUUCACAGGCUAAGCUGGAGAGUGAUGAUAAAUCAUUGGACGAUGAAGGUGAGGAUGAGGUCCCUGACAUUGUGUUUGCUGGGAAGAAGAAAUCUCAAGGUAAGAAAACUGGAGGGACGAGCACAUUCUCUACCUCGAGUUUCGGACUACUCGGAGAUGGAGACGAAGAUGGUGGUGAUGAGGAUAAAAAUAACGAGGAUAACUCCGAGGUAGCAGGUGGUAAAGAUAGUGAGGAAGAGGAUGAAUCAGUUGUGAAUUUCACUGGGAAGAAGAAGAAGAAGCCCUCUCUUAAAGGCAGUAAGGGUGGUGGUAGUGUGUUUAGUGCUUCUGCAUUUGACGCAAUUGAUGAUGGUGAGGAGGAUGGUGAGGUUGUAAACAAAGAUGAUGAUCUUGAAGAUGAGGCUUUGAUUGUUGAGUUUACCGGGAAGAAAAAAUCUUCCAAAGGUAGUAAGAAGUCUGGUAAUGUAUUUAGUGCAGCAGCUAGUUUUGAUAUUCUAGAUGAGAAUGUGGAGGACAAGGAUGAUGAUGAUGAUGUUUCCGCUAUAACUUUCUCUGGAAAGAAGAAAUCUUCUAAAAAAAAGGGAACUAAUACUAAAAGUGAGGAAAAAGAGGAUGUGAAGGCAGUUGAAGAAGUGGCAGACACUUCAAAGAAUAAGAAGAAGAAAAAGAAGAGUGGAAGGACUGCACAAGAAGAGGAUGAUUUGGAUAAGAUUCUUGCGGAACUUGGAGAAGGGCCAUCUGCUCCGAAGCCUUCUGCGCCGCCUCCUGUGGAGGAGAAAGUUCAGGUUCAAUCUGAAGCAGUUGCUGAGACGGGUGGAAAAGAGGAGAAGGAUGGUGAAGAAGAAAAGGAAGAGUCUGCUGCAGCCAAGAAGAAGAAAAAGAAGAAAGAGAAAGAGAAAGAAAAGAAGGCUGCUGCUGCAGCUGCCUCUGCUGUUUCAGAGGUUAAGGAAGAAAAGAUAGCGGAGGUAAAGGGUGUGACAAGUGAGUCCAAAAAGGGUGAUGCCAAGGGCAAAGCAGCAGAUAAGAAGCUCCCAAAGCAUGUCAGGGAGAUGCAAGAAGCUCUUGCUAGGCGAAAAGAACUUGAAGAAAAAAAGGCGAGGGAAGAGGAAGAGAAGAGGAGGAAGGAGGAGGAGGAAAGGCUCAGGCUAGAAGAGCUUGAAAGACAAGCGGAGGAGGCUAAGCGUAGGAAGAAGGAGAGGGAAAAAGAGAAACUCCUGAAGAAGAAGCAAGAGGGAAAACUGUUGACUGGGAAACAGAAGGAGCAACAGCGGCGGUUAGAGGCAAUGAGAAAUCAAAUUCUCGCUAAUAAUGCUAACCUUGGCCUCGCUGCUGGGGACAAAGAAGCAGCACCAGCGAAGAGACCUAUUUACAAAACUAAGAAAACAAAACCAGCUCAGAAGCAUGAAAAUGGUGCAGCAUCUGUUAAUCCUGAGGAAGACAGUGAAAUAAAAGUUAAGGAAGAAGUCGAGCAAGUGUUGUUAGAUGCUGGAUCUGUGGAAGAAAAGGUUGAGGAUGUGGAAACAGAGAAGAUGGAAGAGAAAGUGGAAGUUGCUGAAGGAACCAAGGAAAAUGGAGUGGAAGAAGAGGACGAUGAUGAUGAAGAAUGGGAUGCGAAGAGCUGGGAUGAUAUCAGCCUCAAUGUGAAAGGUGCUUUUGACGAUGAGGAGGUUGAUCCUGAGCCGGAACCUACUGUGAAGAAAUCUUCCGCUCCAGUUGCAGCCAAAACUCCUGCAUCCUUACAAGCGAGCAAGGUUCAGGAUGUCCAAAGUAAAAAAAGUAAGGCCCUUACAGAACAAAGUGGGAAGAAACGCUCUGCUGGUGCCAAAAAUGGAGCCCCAGCUACAGAUGCCACCAGUGAAGAGCCUGAAGAAGACCUCAGAUCACCAAUUUGUUGUAUUAUGGGUCAUGUCGAUACGGGUAAAACCAAGCUCCUGGAUUGCAUCAGAGGCACCAAUGUUCAAGAAGGCGAGGCUGGGGGUAUCACACAACAAAUUGGCGCAACAUACUUUCCUGCUGAGAACAUAAGAGAGAGAACUAGGGAAUUGAAGGCUGAUGCAAAACUGAAGGUCCCUGGUUUGCUGGUUAUUGAUACCCCUGGUCAUGAAUCUUUCACCAAUCUUCGUUCACGGGGUUCAGGGCUAUGUGAUAUUGCCAUUUUAGUUGUUGACAUCAUGCACGGCUUAGAGCCGCAAACAAUAGAGUCGCUCAAUCUCUUGAGAAUGAGGAACACAGAAUUCAUUGUGGCCUUGAAUAAGGUGGUGGACAGACUCUAUGGAUGGAAAGUAUGUCGAAAUGCACCAAUUGUCAAAGCAAUGAAGCUACAAUCAAAAGAUGUCCAAAAUGAGUUCAAUAUGAGGCUUGCACAGAUCAGUACUCAGUUUCAGGAACAAGGACUGAAUACUGCAUUGUACUAUAAGAACAAGGAGAUGGGAGAGACUUAUAGUAUUGUACCAACAAGUGCUAUUAGUGGAGAAGGCAUUCCUGAUUUAUUGCUGCUAUUGGUCCAAUGGACUCAAAAGACUAUGGUUGAGAAACUCACGUUCAGCAAUGAAAUACAGUGUACUGUCCUGGAGGUCAAGGUUAUUGAGGGUCAUGGGACUACAAUUGAUGUUGUGCUAGUUAAUGGUGUGCUUCAUGAAGGAGAUCAGAUUGUUGUUUGCGGUUUACAGGGACCCAUUGUCACCUCUAUUAGAGCUCUCUUAACUCCUCAUCCAAUGAAGGAACUCCGUGUUAAGGGCACAUAUUUACACCACAAAGAAAUCAAGGCUGCACAGGGUAUCAAAAUCACUGGUCAGGGCCUAGAGCAUGCUAUUGCUGGAACUGGUCUGUACGUGGUAGGGCCUGAUGAUGAUGUGGAAGAUGUCAAGGAGUCUGCAAUGGAAGACAUGAAGUCUGUCAUGAGCCGAAUUGAUAAAAGUGGCGAGGGUGUUUAUGUACAGGCUUCUACCCUUGGAUCUUUGGAAGCUCUGCUCGAGUUCUUGAAGUCUCCUGCAGUGAAGAUCCCUGUUAGUGGCAUAGGGAUCGGCCCUGUGCACAAAAAAGAUGUCAUGAAGGCCAGUGUUAUGUUGGAGAAGAAAAAAGAGUAUGCUACCAUUUUGGCAUUUGAUGUCAAAGUCACGCCUGAGGCCCGGGAACUUGCCGAUGACGUGGGUGUAACGAUCUUCAUCGCAGAUAUCAUUUACCACUUGUUUGAUCAAUUCAAGGCUUAUAUUGACAAUCUGAAAGAGGAGAAGAAGAAGGAAGCUGCUGACGAGGCAGUUUUCCCUUGUGUUCUCAAGAUUAUGCCCAACUGCGUUUUUAACAAGAAAGAUCCAAUUGUUUUGGGAGUUGAUAUUGUCGAAGGAAUUGCUAAGGUUGGCACUCCUAUAUGUAUUCCUACACAAGAUUUUAUUGACAUCGGUCGGAUUGCUUCCAUUGAGAAUAACCAUAAACCUGUUGAUACGGCUAAGAAAGGGCAGAAGGUGGCGAUUAAGAUAAUUGGCUCAAAUUCAGAGGAACAACAGAAAAUGUAUGGCAGACACUUUGACAUUGAUGAUGAACUUGUCAGCCACAUUUCAAGGAGUUCGAUCGAUAUUCUGAAAGAAAACUAUCGGGAUGAGCUGUCUAUCGACGAAUGGAAGCUGGUUGUGAAGCUGAAGAGCAUUUUCAAGAUACAGUGAGGAGAGUUGGAACAAUUACGCGCGAUUUGGAUGGUGAUGCUUUUGAGGUUUUAAGCUCUGGAGGAGGAUGAGAGUAAAGGUGGGGUUUUACUUGCAGAUUCUGACAGCCUUGUGAGUGUGAGAAGUCACCUCUCUUCUUGGCAACCCACUGGUUACAAUUGGGCGGAUUAUUUCUGAAUCAUGAUUGAGUAAUUCACUCAUCGGGUUUCCUUCUCGUCGUAUAAGUUAGGUGGAGUCUCCUGCUGGUGUUGGCUGUCCGGCCUAGUCUUGUUGAACAGAGCCCACUUCGCAAUGAUUUUGCAAGGUUAGUUGUCGAGCAAGAUGCAACGAGAAAGCAGAAGUAUUUACUUCUAGCUGACGACGUUGUUGUCGAUCUCUUUUGCUUUUCCUUGGGAAAGAAUUAAUGACUUUGGGUUCAGUUCAGAGGAUGGUUGAACCUGUUGGUGCCCCCUUCACAUUCUCUUGGUCGGGGUAUUUUUUUCCUUACAAGGAGGAGUGGAGGUUUUGUUUUGUGCGUGAUCCACUCCAUCCUGUUUCACAAAUAUAAUCUGGAGUCACUACAGAAUGAAAAGGGAGGCCAAAGCCAAGAAAGAGGGAGACUACAUCAGGAAAGAGAAGCAGAAAGGAAGACUAGCAAUCCGUGUGAACCACCACCCGGCGCUCAAAGGAGAUUCCCAG